AUGGCCAGUGUAUUUGCAUCAACAGAAACAGCACUAGAAGCAUUCAAAAACGGUGAUUUCCUCAUCGUGAUGGACGACGAAGACCGUGAAAACGAAGGUGACUUGAUAAUAGCAGCCGAGCUAGUCACCCAGGAGAAAAUGGCCUUCUUGGUGCGCCAUUCCUCGGGAUACGUAUGUGUGCCGUUGUCUACCCCGCGCGCUGACGAAUUGGGGUUGCAUCCCAUGUUGGCCGACCGCACAGAUAGACACGGGACAGCAUACACGGUGACUUGCGAUUAUGCCCAUGGCACAACCACGGGGAUCUCGGCGCAUGAUCGCGCUUUAACUGCUCGCUCCUUGGCUGAUGCCAAACUGAAACCUGAGGAUUUCAUUAGACCUGGCCAUGUCUUGCCGUUGAGAGCCGUGCCGGGCUUGUUGAACAAGAGAAGAGGCCAUACUGAAGCUGGGGUACAGCUAUGUGAAUUGACUGGAUUGCAGCCUGCUGCUGUCAUCUGUGAGUUGGUGAGAGACGAAGAUGGCUUAAUGAUGAGAUUGGAUGACUGUGUGAAAUUCGGUAAAGAGCACAACAUUAAACUUGUUACAAUAAAACAAUUGGUUGAACACAUCAACUCCCCUUCCAAAUAG